GUUGCGUAAUCAGCUGUGACGACACGCCGCCGAAUUUACCUGUUGCAUUUAAUAGCUUAUAGAUACAGAUAUAAAUUAUACAGAAUGUCAUUCCUGCGAAAGUCGGUGCAAUUGUUGGGAGCCGUGGGUAGGCACCAGCAGCCCCUCAAAGCGAUCCGAGGUGCAAUCUCUGCAGCAGCACCAAGGGCCUACAGCUCGGAUGCAUCCAGCGAGUAUGCCAACUUCCCCGGCGCCAAGGCUCCGUUCGUCAGUAAGCUAAAGUUCAAUAUGCCGGAGGAUUACGCACCAAUUCCCAUUUAUCGGGUAAUGGAUCGGGAUGGCUUCAUAGCGGAUGAGUCCCAGGAUCCGCAGCUGGGUCGCGAGGUAGUGGAGAAGAUGUUCCGCGACAUGGUGCUACUUAAUACCAUGGACAAGAUUCUGUACGAAUCGCAACGGCAGGGCAGGAUCUCUUUCUACAUGACCAAUUUCGGCGAGGAGGCGUCGCACAUUGGCAGUGCCGCUGCUCUGGAGAUGCGUGAUCUAAUCUAUGCUCAGUAUCGCGAGGCUGGUGUCCUUGUAUGGCGUGGAUUCCGCAUCGAUCAGUUCAUCGAUCAGUGCUUCGGCAACCAGGAUGAUUUGGGCCGGGGCAAACAGAUGCCAGUGCACUACGGUUCCAGGGAACUUAACUUUGUCACCAUCUCCAGUCCGUUGUCUACUCAGAUGCCACAGGCCGUGGGUGCCGCCUAUGCCAUGAAGCUGCGCCCAAACAACGACGCCUGUGUUGUCUGCUACUUUGGCGAGGGAGCAGCUUCGGAAGGAGAUGCCCAUGCUGCCUUUAACUUUGCAGCCACCCUUGGAUGUCCAGUAAUCCUUUUCUGUCGCAACAAUGGCUUCGCUAUAUCCACACCCUCCCACGAGCAAUACAAAGGCGAUGGCAUUGCAGGACGUGGCCCAAUGGGGUACGGCAUUGCCACCAUUCGUGUUGAUGGCACCGAUGUCUUUGCCGUCUACAACGCCGUGAAGGCGGCCAGGGAGUACGUGCUUAAGGAGAACAAGCCAGUGGUGUUCGAGGCCUUGGCAUACCGUGUAAGUCACCAUUCUACCUCAGAUGACAGUACCGCCUAUCGAUCGGCAGAGGAGAUCGAGGUGUGGAACUCGGUGGAGCAUCCCAUCUCUAAGCUUAAACGCUACAUGGUGCACAAAGGCUGGUUCAACGAGGAGGAAGAAUCCGCAUUCAUUAAGGAUGUGAGGAAGAAGGUCCUGAAGCAGAUCGCCGUGUCGGAGAAGAAGCCCAAACCCAACUGGAGCGAGAUGUUCGAGGGCGUCUACGCUGAGAUGCCGCAGCACCUUGUUGAACAGCAGAAGGAGUUGCAACGGCACGUUGAGGCCCAUAAGGAGUUCUAUCCCCUAAAGAACUUCAAGCAAUAAAUCAAUUGUGCCAGGACAGAAGCUAUUAAUCAACUCAGAAAUCAAAGCGAACCGAGAGACUCGAUCGAAAGUGCAUUUAUUAUGAUUAAGCUAUAGGCAAAACAAUUUUGUGCGGGUCCAACCCGUUUGUUAUGACUCAUCCCAUCCCAUGUGUUUCUGGAGUGGGUCGGCAUCGGCUGGGAAUAUACUAAUCACUGUUGACCCACUCUGGCCCAGCUGGUGUUAUGAAAAGGUGUUAAAAUUUAUUAAAUUUGAUUUACAUACAAUA